UUUUUGAUUAUAGGAGGGAUAGUAGUUAUUUUCUUAACCAAAAGUCAUGAGAUAAAAUUCUGAUGCUCUUAAAUGUUGAUGAGUAAAGCGCAAAGAAGUUGAUAAGUGAUAAGCGCUUAAAGUAGAGACAGAAGAAAGUGGAAGCAUCAUAUUCAUAUCCACUCAACCAGUAACUGCUCACACAUUAUUAUUUCUUCAAUUUUCAGUUGAAACAGAACACUUUUCAUCCGCCGAACCCAAACCCAAGCCCAAACCCGAAUCCGAUCCCGUAACCAUGUGUUGCGACGGAGAUUGCCGACCUAUUGGCUUUCUAUUAGGCCUUCCUUUUGCUUUCUUAUGUCUUCUCGUCUCCAUUGUCGGAGUCCUUGUUUGGAUCGUCGGAUUGACGCUGAGUUGCAUAUGCCCAUGUUGUCUGUGUGUGACGUUGUUAGUGGAAUUUGCGCUUAAACUCAUCAAAGCCCCUAUUCAUGUCAUGGAAUGGUUCACUUCUAAGAUCCCUUGUUAAUUAAUCUUUUUCUUUCUAUUUUCUUUGUUUUUCUUGUAAAUUUCAAUAAUUAGAUUAUGGGUUUUGUGUAUUUAUGAUUGUUGAUUAAUUUUCAUAGAUGAUUCUUCUAAUGACUAGUUAUAUGGAAAUUCUUUCAAAAUAACUGUUGUGUUUUUCUUUUGUAAAUGCUGGAUUUUUGGUGAGUAUAUGUUCAAGAUGUUUAUGUCAAAUAUAAAAUUUGAUUGGUUUUAGUUGCAACAUCUUUGUCUUUCUCCUCCCUGAAGUGUACUGUUCGGAUACGAGUAUUGGAAAAAUAGUUUAUUGGGCAAUUUUAACUUUGUUGAUUGAUGUAAAUAGAGAAUUGGGUGUUCAAAACAUCUAAUGUUAAUGUAUGGAAAAUAAACUGAUUGAAACAACUUAUUGUUGUGAAAUAAACUAUUUUUGAAUAAGCUGUUUAUAGCAGUGGAUUCAAAAUUAGCUGACCAAACUAGUUAAUAAAAUCAGUUGUUGAAAUCCACUCCGAUCCUCAUUUGCCCAUGUCGUGUCAUGUAUUGGUGUCCGUCUCCAUUCCAUGUGUGAGGUGUAUUAUACACACUUACAUGCGAAAGGAGUAUUUGAAAAAAAUAAGAUUUUUUAAUAACUUUAAUCAAAAAAUAAGCUUUGGCCAAACUUUAUUUCCAAAAUAAGCGUCUCUGAUACAAAAUCGGGUGAAAUGACGAAGGAGGAAGAAGGCUGUUGUAUUUAAGGUCGCCUAAAGUCGCUGUUAAUAACAGCGACUUGACCAUUGACCAGUCAAAGCCUUAUUUCGCUGUUAGUAACGACAUAUAGCUUGACUAAAAUUUUGACCAUUUCUUUAUACUCGCUGUUAGUAACAAUGAUUACAUACCGAACCUAACUUUAGGGCCAAAAAAGCUUAUUUUGAGAAUAAAAUUUGGCCAAAAUUUAUUUUUUGAUUAAAGUUAUUAAAAAAUCUUAUUUUUUUCAA